ACUACCAUUUCAGCUGCAAUUUGCAAAUAACUUAACACUCUAUCCAUAAAAUUAAUCACUCCCAACAUACUUCGACUCUAAUUCCUUCACGAUCAUGUCUAUUAUUUCUUUGAUUCUUCUUUCGUCUUUCUUUUCACAUCUGCUCACCCUCACCGCCCAGAAGCCUUUCGUAUAUUACAAGUGCUUCAAUAACCAAGCAAACUAUACACAUACAAGUGCCUACCACACCAACCUCAAUAUCCUUCUCUCUAACUUCACUUCCGUCACAAAAGUCGACUAUGGCUUCUUCACUUCCUCUUAUGGCCAGGACCCUGACAUGGCUCUCGCAGUUGGACUCUGCAGGGGAGAUGUGAAGCCUGAAACUUGCCGUGGUUGCAUCAGCAACGCCACAAUCCUUCUCCCAAAGCUGUGUCCAAAUCAAAAGGAGGCAUUUGGAUACUAUGACUUGUGCAUUUUUCGAUACUCAAAUCCUUCCUUGUCUGAGACAGACCAAUACCCUGACUUUUACUACGCCUUUCGCAACCCAGAAAUGGUAACAGCAGAUCAAAACAAGUACAAAGAUGCGCUUGAUCGUCUAAUGCUAAAUCUAAAAAGCAUAGCUGCAGCUGGUGAUUCUCAUCGUAAGUUGGCUGUGGGAAAUGCAACAGUUGAUAAGUCUCGAACUGUUGUUUAUGGUCUUGCCCAGUGCAUGCCUGAUUUGUCUAACGAGGAUUGCGACGAUGGCUUACUAAAGGCUAUCUCGGAUAUAUCAGUAUGUUGUCAGGACAAGGUUGGCGGUAGAGUUAUCAAAUUCAGCUGCAAUAUUAGAUUUGAUCAUUUCCUUUUCUAUGAUCCAACAGCUAUUGAUUCUUCAGUACAAUUAUCAUUGCCCAUCACCAAUGCUGUUCUUGCUCCACCUACCAAUACAACUUCCUCACGAGGAGAAAGAAAGAGCACUAGAUUAUCACUAAUUGUUGUCAAGAUCAUUGCCCCCAUUGUCAUUUCAGUGAUCCUCUCUUGUUCGGUGGGUUGCUAUUUGCUAAGGAGAAAGAUAAAGAACAGAAGCCAGUCUAUUCUUAAAGAAAACUUUGGAGAAGAGAGUUCAAACAUGAAAUCCUUGCAAUUUAGCUUGGCAACAAUUGAAGCCGCAACAAAUAAGUUUUCUGAAGCAAACAAAAUAGGAAAAGGAGGAUUUGGAGAAGUUUUCAAGGGUGUUCUCACGGAUGGACGAGAAAUUGCUAUCAAGAGGCUCUCAAAAAGUUCUGUGCAAGGAAUAUUAGAAUUCAAAAAUGAAAUUUUGCUUAUAGCCAAACUCCAACAUAGAAAUUUGGUGACGUUAUUGGGAUUUUGCUUGGAAGAACAAGAAAAAAUUCUUAUUUAUGAAUAUGUUCCUAACAAGAGCAUUGAUUUCUUCUUAUUCGAUUUUGAGAAACAAAGAUUAUUCAAUUGGUUUGAGCGUUUCAACAUCAUUAAAGGAAUUGCACAAGGACUUUCUUACCUACAUGAACAUUCUCGGCUUAAAGUUAUUCAUCGUGACCUCAAACCUAGCAAUGUUUUGUUGGAUGACAAGAUGAAUCCAAAAAUAUCAGAUUUUGGUAUGGCAAGAAUGAUUGCUAUAGAUGAAGACCAUGGAUGCACAAAUAGAAUUGUUGGUACAUAUGGUUAUAUAGCUCCCGAAUAUUUAAUAUAUGGACAAUUUUCUGAAAAAUCUGAUGUAUUUAGUUUUGGAGUUAUAAUUUUAGAAGUGCUAAGUGGAAAGAGGAAUGCCACAUCAUAUGAUACAUAUCUAUUAACUAAUGUGUGGAAGCUGUGGAAUGAGGGAACACCAUUGCAAGUAUUGGACCCUUAUGUGAGGGAAUCUUCUUGUGAAAUUGAAGCAAUGAAGUGCAUGCAGAUUGGGUUAUUAUGUGUUCAGAAAAAUCCAGAAUAUAGGACAACAAUGACUCAAGUUGUUUCAUAUCUAAGUAAUCUUUCGAUUAAAUUACCGUCUCCCAAAGAACCACCAUUCUUAAUUCAUUCAAAGGCAGUGACUUUGCCAGAAUUAUCUGAUUCGGAUCAAACUUUUCGAAGCUCCAAGAGAGCCUCAAAUGAAAUAUCUAUCAGUGAGUUCUUGCCUCGAUGAAAUUAUUCAUCUUUUUUUUUGUUUUUUUAAUAACAUGUAAGCUCUGCGGAUAGCAGACUGAGGGUAAAGAGUAAAUCUCUCCUUAGUUGAGACAUACACAAGUGUAAAGGGUAGAUUCGUCUUUUGGACACUCGCACACGGUCAUUCAUGUAAUUGAUGGAAAUGAAAACUACUCACUGCCACUUGUAUGGCGCAUGCGCAACCCCUUGAAGUUGGCUCAUAUUGAUUAAAAGUUUUGGCCUUC